UUUACCAACACCACCUCUCUUUUCUUCAUUUGUAUUCCAGCAGCAUAUUUCCAGGGUUAGAAAUCCAACACAAUGCUCAGAAGGACCGUGUCGCAGGCGAUCCGCAGACAGUGCCAGUCGAUCGAUAGCUCGGUGCGCACACUCGGAGUCAGCCGGCAAAGAUUUUCAUACAGCAGUACACCCAGACGCGGGCUGGCAACCAUCCGGCCAAACGACCUGCUGGCGGACGAGCAAGAGCAGAAGGAGUCAGCCGAUCCAUUCCGGCAGCCCGCGAGCAGCCUGGAUCCAUUCCAGACAAAGGUUGCCUCUGCCUCUUCGCCAUCGGACUCCAGCAAGCACGGGCCGUCUCAUGGCAGCAGUACUUGUCAGAGCGACCCAUGCAAGCACGAAGAAGCCAAGGCAGAGGUGGCACAGCAGAUCCGCAAAUUUCUAAAGAAGACGCGGCAGCGGGCACGGGCAGGCAUGAAGGCCGACGAGCUGAUGGUGAAGUGUCCGUCGUGCUCCCCGGGCAAGCCGGCGCGGCUAGCAUAUAGCGCGCAUCUGAACACACACACAGGGUCGUUUGUCUGCACAAGCUGCUUCGACCAAGGCUCCUGGGACAAGUACGUGCAGCUGGCCAACCGGCGGCCGUUCAAAAACACAAUCCCGAAGCGCAACACGGCUGAUCCGGCCCCAUUUUACUUUGCCGAGGAUCUGCUCACCAAGCUGCAGCAUAAUCUGGUCAGGCACGAGCAUAUCUAUGGGACGUUGACGGGCACUGAGAAGGGGCAGCUGCGGCUGAAGCCCGAGGCGCUGCGCGAGUUUGGCGUGGCUCUGGGGUAUGUGGAUCCAGGGAAGAAAGUUCUGCACAGGGUGGGCUCACUAGUGGACGGCAAUGACAACUCUGUACCGUGCCUGGUGUUCCCACGCACCGCAUACAGCACCAACAGCUUUAUUAAGGACGGUGAGCAGAUGGGCGGGCUGGCAGCAAACGGCAAGCAGCAGCACCAUUCGGUAGCACUGUCCAGCAUGCUGAAGGACAUUGCUGGCAGCGAUGCUGGAGCCGAUUCGAGCGGGGCAUCUGGCGAAUCGGCCCAGUCGGAAUACCACACAGUCCAGCUAAAGAUUGUCGGCUGGAACACAGCCGACAUCGAGAUGUACUACCCAGUGGAUGCGACGCAGCCGGGGCUCUUUGGCUUCCACAUCGCCGACUCGUCAGGCAGCUCGGAGGUGAUUCUGACCGGGCACGAGCUGGACGCCGUGGCAGCAUACCAGGAAACCGGCAUUCCGGCAGUCUCCCUGCCACGCAACGCCUACCAGCUGCCACUGGAUGCGAUGCGCGCGCUGGAGCGCUUUGAGCGCAUAUACGUGUGGCUGGACGACGACCACCAGGGCGCCGAGGCAGCGCGGCUGAUCACCCGCAAGCUGGGCGUCGACCGGUGCCUGACAGUGCAUUCGCGGGGCGACAAUCCGCAGGGCCCCAAGUCCGCAAGCAUUGCGUUGGCGCGCGGCCACGACCUGAAGGAGAUGAUUGACCAGGCACGUCCCGAGCGGCACGACAAGGUCCUGGACUUUGCAGCACUGCGGGAGGCAGUCAAGUUUGAGGUCAAUAAUCCGGAUCUGAUCCGCGGCGUCGAGAGCACGGAUCUGCCGGGCUGGAACUCGUGCUUCAAGGGGCUGCGUCCAGGCGAGCUGACGAUUCUGAGCGGGCCGACCGGCUGCGGCAAGACCACCGUGUUGUCGCAGAUGUCGCUGGAUUUCUGCAAGUCCAAUGUCAGCACACUGUGGGGCAGCUUUGAGAUCCCAAAUGUGCGUCUGGCAACGCGGAUGAUGAGCCAGCUGGCGAAGCGUGAUAUCACAAAGUCGCCGGGCGAGGUCGAGUUCUGGUCGCAGCGGUUUGAGCAAAUGCCCAUGUACUUCCUAAAGUUCCACGGCAGCACCAAGCCGCGCACGGUGCUGAACACGAUGCGCCAUGCGGUAUAUGCGUACGACGUCAAGCACAUUAUCAUCGACAACCUGCAGUUCAUGAUGAGCAUGCAGGCGAAGGGCAUGGACAAGUACGAGGCGCAGGACUCGGCGAUCGCGACCUUCCGCCAGUUUGCAACCGAGGAGAACGUGCAUAUCACAGUGGUCGCGCAUCUGCGCAAGGACCAGCCGGCGGCCGACAUUGACAUUAACUCGAUCUUUGGGUCCGCCAAGGUCACGCAGGAGGCGGACAAUGUAGUGGUGCUGCAAAAGUACGGCGCUGCCGAGAGCAAGAUCCGCUAUAUGAAUGUGCUGAAGAACCGGUUCGACGGCACGUUGGGCAAGAUCUAUAUUCAGUACAACCCCGAGUCGCUGUCGUUCCGCGAGAUUCCUCCGCCAAGGAAGCGCAAGAAUGUCCGGGUUCUGGCCGCCGCAAAGAAGAUGAGCAUGCAUGAUAAGCUCACCCAAGAGACCCUUGGCAUUGAUGGCGGGUCCCAGAGCGAUAUGGAUCUGGAUGCGAUUAGCCUGGCCAAGGAGCACGAGGACGAAGAACCCUGAAAGAAAAAAGUAUAGCGUCGAGCUACUGCUGGCAUUGUGUUUAAUCCGACAUUUAUAAUCAUGAUAUCGGCAGUGCCC